GACAAAAGUAUUUAUAAGAAAUGAGAAACAGCUGUUGAGUUCGUCAUCAAGAGAAACAAAUUUGGAAUAACGCUAAACAAUUCGAGGGCACACCUUCCACAUUUUAUUUUUAAAUGGAAAUCGUAGAUACAUAUUACAGCAAAGAUGAAUAUGUGGAGACUGCUUCUGGAAACAAGGUGAGCAGGCAGACCGUCCUAUGCGGUUCACAAAAUAUUGUUCUAAAUGGUAAAGUUGUUGUGCAAACCGGUGCGAUAAUUCGUGGUGAUUUGGCAAACGUACGUACGGGUCGUUAUUGUGUUAUUAGCAAAAACGCCGUCAUCCGUCCGCCGUACAAACAAUUCAGUAAGGGUAUUGCGUUCUUCCCUAUGCAUAUAGGCGACCAUGUUUUUAUUAGUGAAGGUGCAGUUGUGUCAGCGAGUUCUAUUGGCUCAUUUGUGUAUAUAGGAAAAAAUGCUAUUAUCGGUCGACGUUGUGCGCUUAAAGACUGCUGCAUCAUAGAGGACGGUGCCGUACUACCACCAGAGACAACUGUAGCUAGUUAUAUGCGUUAUACCGCUAAAGGAACCAUCGAAGGAGGUCAAGGUAAUCCAAAUUUUGUUCCGGCGGCAAUGCAGGAUCAAAUGGUUGAUUAUACCAAAUCAUUCUAUGAUCAUUUCUUGCGAAAUCCCCAAGCGGGUUGAAACUUUUAAUUAUUUAUUUUAAGUAUUUUGGUAAGAAAUGUUUCAAAAAUAUCGUAUCUAAUCUCAUUCAAAUA